UACAUUCACAGGAUAAAGCAGAUAUCCUAGCUAAAAGUUUGUUCCGUUCCGCAGUCCGUUCCAUUCCGUAUUUUACCAAUACCCUUUAAAAAUCAUACCUUUGAAGGCUUUGGCGGCAAAGAAUAAUUUCUUAAAAUGGCUGCGAUCAUGAAAUUGAUAAUACAAGGCGAAAUUGUUCCACACGUUGUUGUGUCGUGGUUAAAAAAAGAUACAGAUGGUGACAUGCAUCAGAAGCUGUGCGAAUAUAACCAUAUCCAUGAGUUCAUUCCAUACUUCCUCAACUACUUGCGCUACCAAACACUUCGCCUUUUACAGAAUGGGAAGGCUGGUAACCCUUCACCAGUGAAGACGCCAACUCGGGACUGUGAGAGAAAAGAGGAGAGCCGUAAUCGUGUCAAGCUGUUUGCCGAUAGUCCAACUGAUUCGAGGUCCAGCACUGGGUGUGAACAUUUCAUUGUAUCACCCGAGGCAGCUUACAACAUUUCCAACAACAAUGCAGCUUACAACAUUUCCAACAACAACAAAUAUCGCCUCUUUAACAAAACUGCAUGUCACAAAUUAGCAAAUAAUUUGAAAACAGAAUAUUCUCACUGCAGUAGUCAAACAAAUUCACACAAAUCUCCUCCUUCACAGUUGCACGAUAAUCCACGGACAAAACAAAAGCUUAAUUUUGGAGAAUUUUUGAAAACGCCAGAACUUGGUAAGCAAAAGAGAAAAGGCUUGACCGGUUCCAGCAGAGAAGGUUCUCCAUGUGAGAGUUCCCCAUCUCCGACAGGCCAGACAAACAGACGUAGCUGUAACAAGAAGAAGGGUUUAUUCUACCUUCAGAAUGCAGGAAAUAAUGGAAACACUGCCAAACAAGGGUCACCUGUCUUCAGUCUACAAAGUUUCAGUGACUUCCCACCUGUUAGGAGUGUCAAAAGCCCAAGUUCUGAUGCACAGUCUAAAAUAAGAAAUGUAUCAACAAGCAGUGCGAAUGCUGAUACAUAUGGGGUGACCGAAGCUGUUAAAAAACCAUCGAGACGAAUAAAGCCUACAUUUUUGAUGCCAGGAUCCAAGAAACUUGAAUCUUCCAGUUUCUUGAAUGCGCCAUAUGAAGAUCCAUGCAAUGUAUCUGCACCCACGAAGUGUGGAGAAAAUGGAAGUAGCCAGGGGAACUUAACAUUUAAAGAAAGAGAACUCCUCAGACAUAUGAAGGUAAAUCAUCAGUCUGCUGACUGGCCAGAUGUGUCAGCCUCUGAGGAUCCUACUGGUAAAACACCGAUUAAAGUUUCACAGACAAUCCCAGGAGUGCUAGUGACUACACCAUCCAAGGCAAUGCUGGAUCGUAGUUUGUCAGGGUCCGAGUUUGUUGUGGCCAACCCUGAUGAGGUCACUAACAGAGAGAUAUUGGAUAUUCUUGCAGAGCUGUAUUCAGGAUGUCUGCAAGAACAUCUGUUUCCUAAUGUGAUUCAGGAAUUAUACUUCCUAACUCAGCUACUCACUACCCAAGGCAGAGAAAUGACAGAUAUGGAACUAGAAACUGAAGAGAUGGUGUACUUCCUGACAGUCCAUAAUGCUGUGUAUUUUGCUGUCAGUGUGUUGGAAAAGCAAAUUAACAUCCUCCAACUUCUAGACAAAAGUACCAUUAAAUGCCUUUGUGACAACCCGAGAGUGAGAGCGUUUUCACCGACACUCCAAGACAAACUGCAGACUGUGUACAACACAAUCAGUUCUGUGAAGAAAAUGUCCCAUUUUCCACAGUCUCCUAUUGGUGGUGUUUCUUUUCAAGCCGAUACUGAUAAUCGUAAAAACUUUCCUAACGACAGAUCAUUUCAUCAGUUUAAAAAACAAAGAGACCUGUUUUACGAGUUGAUUCGAGAGUGGGAGCUCAAACGUGAGGUUCCUGGCUGGUCGAUGGUCAGUUCUAUGGCAAACAGGAUUCACUCCCUUGUCGAGUUCCAGACAGACCUCGCGAAUCAUCUCCACUUUGCUCGUUUGUUCCAGUCGCAGCUAAUUGCAAUGUGUAAGGGAGACAAAUCAAUAAAAAUGGAUGGAGAUGAUGAACAAAUUUCUCUGCUGAAUCAUCUGAAGAAAACAAACCCAGAAAAAUUCAAAAAACUUCAAGAAAGGUUCAUCCAGCCAUUCAGUACCGGCGGACCGUGUCCACCACCCAGGUUCCAAGGCUACGAGGAGUUCUUCCGUGACUUCAUAAUGGCAGCGUCCAGUGCCUCAUUCAUACAACACCUGUCCAACACUCUCAUUUCUAAAGUCACUGAGUUGAAUGAUCAAGAAUUCUGCCAUUCCACCGAGAAACACGAAGGUUCAUUGAUAGUGGAAGGGGAGCAAGAUCGUGAAAUGUUUGAAGCCUGCCUCUUGACUCUAAGACUGGUUGGAAAGUUUCUGGGAUUCAUCACAUUUCUACCAUACCUCACCACCGAUCUGCUGCCGGAUGUCGCGCUGACGGACUACCUGGCCCUGAGAAACAAAAAUCCACGCCCGCUGGACAUCACAAGACAUGUGAAGAUGGCAGUGGCUUCUAAACGACUAGUUGUAACUAUUCCCUGGGUGGUUCAGUUUCUCUCUAUGAUGGAUUACGCUGCUCCACUCACAGACUAUUACCGCUUGCUGCUGUCUCUUCUAAUUCAUAUACUGAAACAUUCUUGGAAGGACAUUCAAGAUGGCCGAAAUUGCUACGGGCAUUUUCUCAUCGUUGUUUUAAUUGGCUGGUUGUUGGAGAAUACACGAAUGCUUGGUGGUCUAUUUUUCCAAGAACCUCCACCAAAUGUGUUGUCACUACUUCCAGUCAAUGUGGAACAUAACAGAUCUGUGGAUUGUCAUGAUUUGGUGUCCCAGGAUCUUGUCUACACAUGUUGUCCUUAUGCAGGAGAGAUGCGAUCACUGCUGAUGGAGUUUGCUGUAGGAACUAACAGUCGUACGACUAUAAGGAAGAUAACUCCGAUAGCUGCCGACACUGGACCCACAGUGACAGUCUCACAGAAACAGUUACAAUGUCAGCUUGAAGAGAAUUUCUUCCACAAUCACCAUGCAUCUAUGAAGCGGAUUGUUGAGUUUGUUGCUGAUAGAACAGCAUCAAAUUUCAUCAAGAGGUUUCGAUCGACUGUGCUGCCGAAGUCGUUAACUGAAGCGAAGAAACGAGUCGAGCAGGUUUUCCUUCAGUCUGUGCAGGCUUCUCCUACUAACAAAACGAAGGACAAGCUGUCUCAUGAUUUACAUGGCCUGGCGCAUGCUCUGAGUGAAGAAGUUAAAGCAUCUGUUGUCGACAGACAUGAGUUCUGUGUUAAAAAGAUAUCUGAGAUCAUGCCUCUUCUGUUACCCGAGGAGCAGCCUGGUGCUGUGGUAACCGUGGCAACCUCAAUAUCAUGUCGCCAGGCUGAAGAGAGGAUCAUGUUGUGGUUUAACAUGCACAUUACUAAAAGCAUGUAUCUCCGAGAACUUACCACAGAGUCUGACCGUCUGAUGAAAGCUGGGUUGUUAAACAAGCCAACAGUAAACACUCCAGAGUUACCCGCUGUUGACAUCAUCACUUCCCACACUGAAACUCGGCAAACGGGGAAACCCACCCCCACCACCAGUACCAGGGAGAAUGAUCCAAGCGAAAUGUGUAAAAAUGCGAGACCACUGUCUGAAAUAUUUUCCGAUCUCAAGUACAUAGUUCGAAAUUGUCUUCUUGCACCGGAUGAUCCCUUUGAUCUCGAAAAGGCUAAUCAUCUUUUGACUGAAAUCUACGCAGCUCUCAGCUAUAGAAAGGACAUUUUGACUCAAACUACUAAAUGUGUGUCCCAAGUUCUUCUGGAUUUGAUUCUUGCUAUAAUUUGUGAUGUGCACUGUGAUCUGGAUCAGCCUGUGAUUGAACACUGUGUGCGACUGUGGAGAGAAUCGUUGAGUGGUGUCACUGAGCUGCAUCACGUCGUCUCCUGCAGAGUGUGUCACAGUCUGGUAAACAGCAGGAAUCCGCAGAGUUCUUGGAAGAAAUAUGCACAGUUUGUGAUCACUUUACUAGAACAAGACUUACUGACACCUUCGAGCUUUCAGAAGAAGUGCUUACAACUUUUACAAAGCACUGAGGCAUAUACAGAACAGCUGGGUCACUGUCUGUGUUUGAUAGUGGAGCAUUUCAACCGAUCGGGUUCCAAAUCGGUCGAUAUGUGUGAGAUACUGGAGUGGAUAUUUCACAUUCAGAAAGUGAACUCUGACCUUUCGGAGCAAAUCUUCUCCCUGAUUGCCGCAAACCAGAACUCUACGGGAAAUAGAACGCUUAUUGAAAAACUGACAGAGAAAAAAGAGGAAGGAAAGAUUCACCGUUGUGAUUCAUCAGGCGAUAACAAUGCUUGUCUGAAGUGGACAGAACUUGUCGGGAAGAAAGAACCUGUGAUAAAGACUAUGGACGACAUCGUUGUGGUGUCGGAGAAAGAGAAAGUCACGUGAUACGUUUAUUGUGAUGCAGAUGUUGAUCAUGGAAAGAUUUGAGUGUUGAUGUACAUGAUAUUCAUGUAUUGGUUACUCCUGUGUUUAGCUGAUCACAAACCAUCAUGUGAAAUAUGAUUUUUCAGGCACAUUAUUUUGUAAAUUGGGGAGAUCAAUAAAUGGUGGGUGGGGUGUGGUGAGGUCGUGUGGGGUGGGGAUUAUAGGAUAUUAAUCAAGCUUUCAUUUCGUAUCAUGUUUAUGUCGCAAGUGAAACAAUUUUCAGUUGUCACAAGCUUUAAUGAGUGACGAUGAAAAUUAUUUAACGAAGGACAUAAACAUGAUACGAAAUUCUAGUGAGUUUAAUAUUCUAUUUAUUAACCAUAAUCGAUUUUAAUUUAUCUCGCUGAACUCUUUUGAUUAAAUGUUCCGGUAAGGUCGUAGUGUGCCAGUCGUAUGAUGUCAUCUUAUGAGAUCAAAGUGUUAUGUCCCGCCUGAUGUUCUAGUGGGAAGUAACACUUUAAUAAUCGAGAUAUUUUUAACCAUUUGGGUAAUAAAAAGGCUGUAUAUCACACUACAUGUCACUGUAUAGCAUGUUGGCUGCACUUCAUUGAAGACAAAUUACUGAAGAAUCUGAAGAUUUUGUCAUUUCCAAACAAAGAAGUUAAUGUCUUUCAGUAAUAGCUUAUAAAAACAUCUAUUGAG